AUGGAGGCAGUCGUACCAGCAGAAGUGACUGCAAAACGCACACAGAUCCUGUCAAGUCUUGUCCUAGGAGACAACGAGAUCCGUUCAAAUGCAGAAAAGGUGGUCAACGAGAGGCUUGCGCAGACGCCCGAGGUUUACGUCCUCGCACUGACUCAGUUCGCCACUCGCGCAGAUACCGAAGUCAUGAGAUCCUUCUCGCUCGUCCUUAUCCGCCCGGCUCCGUCCCCUUCGCCCCACAAACCACACGCGUCCUCCCACCUCACCCUCUACGACCAUCUCUCAUCCCAAACCCUCACCACCCUUGAACGUCUUCUCCUCCACUCCCUCGCACACGAACCGUCCUCUGUCGUUCGCCACGCAGCCCUCACAGCCUCCGUCUCUUACCUCUCUGCCAUCUCGCCACAUUCCCUCCCUCACGCCCUCGAACUGAUGUACCCCAUCCUCGACACCAUUCCUUCUCUCCCCACCUCCCAACUCCCUCGGUACGUCUCUCACACACUCCACUGA